AUGUUACAUCCUUCACAAACGCGUUGGUUAUCUCUAAUUGCAGUAGUCAGUAGAAUAUUAGAACAAUGGGAUAGUCUGAAACUCUAUUUUACUGACACUUACUUAAGUCAACGUUUGAUUUCAACUGAGACUAUAUACUGUGGAUUAAAUGAUCCAUUCAUGAAGCUUGGGUUUUUGUUUUUAAAUUGGAGCUUGCCGUUAUUUACAAGGUUUAAUAUGUAUUUCCAAACAGAGCAAGUAGUCAUAUUAGAAUUGCACGAUAAAAUUGUUAAUCUGUACAAAGAAAUAUUACUAUGCUUUCUUAAAAGAAGUUAUGUAUUACAAACGCCAUUGGACAAUAUCAAUCCUAACAAUGGUGAGUUUCAACUUAUAGAUACUGGAUUAUACCUUGGGGUGGGCGUUAUGGAUUUGGUCAAUGAUCCAAAAGUUGUAGCUGAUAAUGUUAGGCGGAAAGAUUUUUUUAAAAGGUGUAGAGAUUUUUUCAUUGUUGCUGCCAUGGAAAUAAAAAAGCGUUACAAUAUGUCUGAUCCAGUACUAUCAAAAUUACAUAUGCUUAAACCAGAGAAUGCAAUAUCUCAUGCUUUCAGGGAAACUUCUCCUACUCUGUUAAGUUUAAUUAAAGUUUUACCAAGGGUUGUUACUGAACCACAGAUGAUUCAGAUAAUUGACGAUGGUUGGAGCCGCGAACUACAGCGCUAG